AUGUUUGCCCUCUCGGGAAUAUUAUGCUUGGCAGUUGCUAUCGGCGGUCUGGCGUACGCAUUGGUCUUUGUUGGUCGAAGAGGUCGAAACUUUCCUCCAGGUUUGUACUUCGUCGUUCUCGUUCUCCGAAAGGUCCACCGACCCUACCAAUCAUUGGCAAUCUUCACCAACUUCCGAAAAGUGGUGUUCAUUACCAGUCAGUACACCUUAAAUUUUGCUCUUGCCAGCUUACUAACUAUCAACAUAUUUUCAAAAUGGGCUCAAGAAUUCGGGGGGAUAUUUUCUUUGAAGCUGGGUCCAGCCACUGCCGUAGUAAUCAGCUCACCCAGGCUCGUGAAGGAAUUGAUUGAUAGAAAGUCCGCAAUCUACAGUACUCGGCCAUCUUCCUACGUUUCUCAUGACCUUAUCACCCGUGGAGAGCAUCUCCUGGUUAUGGAACAGGGUCCCAAAUGGAAACUAUUCCGAAAGCUUCUUCACCAACAAUUUAACGAGGGAAAAUGCGAAAGGGAGCAUAUCAAACUGCAGGAUGCAGAGGCUAUUCAAAUGCUCAGAGACUUUCUCGUUGUUCCAGAUCAAUUUAUGUCCCACCCAAAACGGUUCAGUAAUAGUAUCAUCAUGUCUUUAAUACUAGGGAUCCGAAGCCCGACGAUCCAUACUUCACACAUGGUGGAGCUCUACGAGCUAAUGGAAGAGUGGUCCAAAGUCAUGGAAACAGGAGCAACACCACCAGUUGAUAUUUUCCCUUUCUUAAAGCUGAUCCCAGAAAGUUGGUUCGGCAACUGGAUAACUCGAUCCCGAGGAGUCGGCCAAGCCAUGGACAACCUCUACGGACGGAUGGUAUCCCAAGUGAUGAAGCGUCGCCUUGCUGUUGGUAGCCGAGGAUCUUUCCUCGAUGGAGUUUUGGACCAAAAUAACGCUUUAAAUCUGUCGCGAAAUCAGCUGAACUUCUUAUGCGGAGUACUUAUGGAAGGCGGGUCCGACACUUCUUCAAGUAUUAUCCUUGCCUUCAUCCAUGCCAUGAUUAAAUUCCCCCACGUGCAGAAGAAAGCUCAAAAGGAGAUCGACAGUGUUGUCGGGGAGGACCGCUCGCCACAAUGGUCUGACUACAGCCAACUGCCUUACAUUUCCGGUAUUGUCAAGGAGACCAUGCGUUGGAGACCUGUUACCCCUCUUGCAUUCCCUCACGCUACCAGCGAAGCCGAUACUAUCGAUGGGAUGUAUAUCCCUAAAGGAACAACCGUACUUAUAAACGUCUGGGGGCUCCAUCAUGACCUAGUGAAGUUCCCCAAUCCUGAUAUCUUCGAUCCCGAGCGCUAUGCUGGCCGCACUGCGCUGGCGGCGGAAUACGCAGCCUCGCCAGAUUUCGAAAACCGUGACCACUACGGAUACGGCUCGGGCAGGAGAAUCUGUCCUGGUAUGCACCUAGCUGACCGCAACUUGUUUUUGGCCAUGUCGAAGCUUCUUUGGGCUUUUGAUUUCGCGCAGAAACUAGAUGUUACAGGAACACCAAUUCCGGUGGAUGUGGAUUCGAAGACUGCUUAUUCGGAGGGCUUCUUGCAUUGCCCUAAGCCAUUCGAAGCGAGCAUUUCUCCCAGAAGUCUGGCGAGACGUGAUACUAUUCUCACUGAAUUUGAAAAUGUGGAGACGGAAGUUUUCUCACAGUAUGAAUCCGAGUAA